GACAUUUCGUAGUUAGAAUGAGAAAUCAGCUGAUUGUCAUCCAUGAACGAUGGCGUUGUUAAACAAGACAACUUAAAACAAUAUUCACUUGUUCCUGAGUGUUAAAUCAAGAAUAGAGUUUGGAAUGCUCAGAAGCACUGAUUCCCUAGACAUUUGCUAUUCGAGCAACAUCACGGCAAACUAACGCUUCUUCCAUAUAAUGAGAGUCAUGACGAAACCACCAUCAGACAAUUUACCCACUGUUAAGCUAGUAGUGGUGGGCGAUGGUGGCGUGGGCAAAAGCGCCAUCACUAUCCAGUUCUUCCAGAAACUUUUCGUUACCGAUUACGAUCCAACGAUCGAGGACAGUUACAUGCAACAUGUCGAGGUCGAUGGGCAAUGGUGCAUGUUGGAUGUGCUGGACACUGCUGGGCAGGAAGAGUUCAGUGCCAUGCGGGAACAAUACAUGCGAAAAGGCGAUGGGUUUCUGCUGGUUUAUUCGGUGACUGAUAAAAACAGCUAUCAGAACAUUAAGAAUUUUAACACGCAAAUUUUACGAGUCAAAGAUAGAGACACAUAUCCAAUGCUUCUCGUUGCCAAUAAAGUGGAUUUGGUGCAUUUGCGAAAAGUCACUGAGGAACAGGGACGGGAUCUCGCUCACAAACUAGAAAUCCCUUAUAUCGAAACCAGCGCUAAAGAUCCACCUUUGAAUAUCGAUGCCACUUUUCAUGAGGUGGUGCGCCUAAUUCGAAGUCAGCCCCAGCAGGACAACGACAAACGACAAAAGAACAAGAUUCAAGGGUGCGCCAAGUGUUCCAUUAUAUGAGUGUUGAUAAUCUGUAUUUAUAUCGCUUUAAUUACUUGUAAGCCUAAGAAUAUGACAUAAGCGAAUGUGUUCAAUGUUGUUGCCAGGAUUGGUCCUAAUUGUUAGCUUUUAUUUCCCGGCCAGGAAAUGGGGCAAACAUUUUUUUAACCGGGAUAUUCAACUGUGGCUAUUCUCCUUCCGUGUUACUCAAUUUGCAAUAUUUGAUGUUAGUCUUCCUAGUCCACUGUUUGUCUUUGUACAUCGAACUAAAUAUAAUAGGGCAUUCAUUAUCUUCCGUCUGCUCUUACCGAGCUAAUAAUUGAGAGCAAAGAAGUGCGUCAUUUUCUGGCUACCUAUGGUUGUAAGAAUUUUUUUGAUUAUCUACCUAUUUCAUAGGUAUGAAGAACCCAACUGGCAGAAAGUGUAGAUGAUAAUUACAUUUAAUAUUCAAUGCAGCGAACCUAAGAACCAGAUCUGCAAGGCAUUUGCUUCAAAUCGAGAGUGAACUUUAGUUGUGAUAUUUAUUGUUUUUAAGUAUUGUAUUAGUCUGGCUCUUAGAUUUCCUAUGAUAUAAAUAUUAUAAUCAUAAAUGGAACAUCAGUUUUAUUUAAAUAGGAAACGCUCUCUAGCUUGAACCUUUGGAUUUAUUGUAUUUUACAUACGCAUAUUAACCGGACUGAAUUAUCGUUAUUGGAGAGCAGACAAAGGAAAUUGUUCUUAUGAACGCAAAUUCUUUUACUUUUGCCAAAGUGUCAGCCUAAUUUAUUAAUUAAUAGGCCUAAUUUUAGACUAGUAAUUUGUUGUAUUUAUCUGUAAUAGUUUGCUUGUUUAGUUAUUCAGGUCAAAAGCGCUCAAUUUAAUUUUUGUACUGGAUUUAAAUGUUAAUUAAAUAUAUGUAUGACUUUCA